CCCGCCCCGCCCCGCCAUGGCGGCCGCCGAGCCCCUGCGGCCCUUCCGGCUGCGCGGGAGCCGCGGCCCCGCCAAGUUCGGCGUGGCGGCCGGGAGCCUGCGGGGGCUGCUGCGGAAGGGCUGCCGGCUGCUGCAGGUUCCCUUGGCAGGCAGCCGCCUGUGUCUGUACGAGGACGGGACGGAGCUGACCGAGAGCUUCUUCCGCGCUCUGCCGCCGCAGACCGAGCUGGUGCUGCUGGGACCCGGGGAGACCUGGCGGGGCUGUGCCGGCGACAUCGAGCGGCUCCUCGCGGCCUCCGGCAGCCAGGGCGCCGCGCUGGUGCGGGCGGCCCGGCGGCUGCUCUCGGACGAGCGGGCCCCCAGCAGGCAGAAGCUGCUGGUGGAUCUCAUCCACAACCUGAGCGAAAACAUCCUGGCCGAGGAGAAGGAGGAGGACACGAAGUGGUUUGAAGGUCUAGAGGCUCGUUUUAAGAACAAGUCGAGCUACAUGAGGUACAGCUGUGAGAGCAGAAUACGAAGCUACCUGAAAGAGGUUAAUAGUUUUACUCCAAACGUUCAUCCUACAGCAAGAGAUGCCUAUAAAGGGAUAGUUGACCUGAUGUCAGACAAACUGAAAUCUGUGAAGUAUAACGGGUGCUACUUUGACAGGAGGGAGGAGGAGGCAGACCGGCUGUGCACGGCAGAGGGGUGGUUCUCUUGCCAGGGACCUUUUGACAGAGAUGACUGCCCAUGUAAGCAUUCCAUCAACCCCUACAGUAACAGGGAGAGCAGAAUCCUCUUCAGUACCUGGAAUCUUGAUCACAUAAUAGAGAAGAAACGUGUUGUUGUCCCAGAACUGGCAGAAGCUGUCAAAACACGAGAUGGAAGAGAAGUGAACUGGGAGUACUUCUACCAGCUGCUGUUUACUGUGGAUAAUUUAAAACUUGUACAUAUUGCUUGCCAUAAGAAAACCAAUCAUAAUCUCAGCUGUGACAAAACUAAGAUUUACAAAAAAAGGAAGCAAAACCACAAGAUUUCCUAGUGCUAUCUCUGGAAGUGACUUCUGCUGUUUUCAGGAUUUCGUCACGUGGUUUAAUUUUUAAAUAGCUCUAGUUUCUUAAACAAAACCUUAGGAGUCCCUGGCAAAAGAGACUUGCUAAGUAAUUCAGCUGCAAUCUCACAACACACACAUCAUGUCUCAUUCUGCUCUCCUGCCUUCUCACUCACUUCAGCCUUCCUUUGAUCACACUGGUUAAGUGCAAUAAAAUGCAACUGUGAGUCAGUAUAAAAAUGAGGCCCAGAGGCUGACACAGGUUAUGCCCUCUGAUCUCCUCCUUUCUAUGAUAAAUGUAGGGCUGAAACUCACAGUACACAGAAAUUAAACUUAGACAAACAUUUCUUAGAAACAGAUCUGAGGGAACUCGUAGAUUCAUAUUAAGCCAAACAAAGAAUACUUGAAGAUAAUUAUUUUGCUUGGUGCCUUUUCCAGGUAGACAACCACUGUGUUUCAGGCAAGCCAAAGUCACUCAGUGACAGAGGUGCUGGCUGUUCUGUAGCCAAAUACCCACAGCAGCUGCAUUUGCUGCUGCUUUAUGCUGCUGGCAUCUUCUCAGGCCACAGUCUAUCUUCGCUUUUACCACCUUUGCCAUCUUUCCCAUCGAUUUCCCUCCCCUUUUUAUCAGUUUCUGCCUCUUUAGCUGGAGUUGGCUUGAAGCAAGAAAAACAAUGUAACUGGAUAAUCAUGUUUACCUGUUGCUUUAGAGAAUAUUGCUUUUGUAAACCACAUCCUACCUCAGGUAACAAAAUACAAAUAGAUCAAUUUUUACUGGAUUUUUUUUAAGUAGCAGCUUAAAGCAACUGAACUUUUAGGGACUGCCAGUGUAAACAACAUUAAUCCUUUUUAAAUAAAAAAACUGCCACCAUC